AUGGCUGCUAAGAAGCAUAUCAAAACUCAAUCAUCAUAUGCUUUUGAAAGUAAUACAAGUAAUGUGGCUGCAUCUCAAAUGAGAAACGCCUUGAAUAAAUUAUCUGAUUCUUUACCAGUUGACGACCCAAGACGUGCCAGAUUCGAUAACGAAUUGGAUUCUUUCUUUUCUUUGUUUAGAAGAUAUUUGGUCGAUAAAUCUUCCGGUUCUACUUUAGAUUGGGAUAAAAUCAAAUCUCCAAACCCAGAUGAAGUGGUCCCAUUUUCUGUCAUUGAAAAACAACCAGAAAACAUUUCUAAUUUGAAAAACUUGGCUGUUUUGAAAUUGAAUGGUGGUCUAGGUACCUCUAUGGGUUGUGUGGGUCCUAAAUCUGUUAUUGAAGUUAGAGAUGGUAACUCCUUCUUAGACCUUUCUGUCAGACAAAUUGAAUAUUUGAACAGACAAUAUGAUAGUGAUGUUCCAUUAUUAUUAAUGAAUUCUUUCAACACUGAUAAAGAUACUGCCCACUUAAUUAAGAAGUAUUCUGGUAACAGAAUUAGAAUCAGUUCCUUUAACCAAUCCAGAUUCCCAAGAGUCUUCAAAGAUUCUAUGUUGCCAGUACCAGACUCCUUCGACUCUGCUUUAGAUUCAUGGUACCCACCAGGUCAUGGUGAUUUAUUCGAAUCUUUAUAUGCUUCUGGUGAAUUAGAUUCCCUAUUGGCUCAAGGUAGAGAAAUAUUAUUCGUCUCAAAUGGUGACAAUUUGGGUGCUACUGUAGACUUGAAGAUCUUAAACCACAUGAUUGAAACUGGUGCUGAAUAUAUUAUGGAAUUGACUGAUAAGACUAGAGCUGAUGUUAAAGGUGGUACUUUAAUCAAUUAUGAUGGUCAAGUCCGUCUUUUAGAAGUUGCUCAAGUUCCAAAAGAACAUGUUGAUGAAUUUAAGAAUAUUAGAAAGUUUAAGAACUUUAACACUAAUAACCUUUGGAUCAACUUAAAAGCUAUUAAGAAAUUAGUAGAAUCCUCCUCUUUACAAAUGGAAAUCAUUCCAAAUCAAAAGACAAUUUCUAGAGACGGUCAAGAGAUUAAUGUCCUUCAAUUAGAAACUGCAUGUGGUGCUGCCAUUAGACAUUUCAACGGUGCCCAUGGUGUUGUUGUCCCAAGAACCAGAUUCUUACCUGUUAAGACAUGUUCAGAUCUAUUAAUGGUUAAAUCAGAUUUAUUCUACCUAGAGCAUGGUGCUUUGAAAUUAGACCCAACCAGAUUUGGUCCAAAUCCUUUAAUUAAGCUGGGGUCCCAUUUCAAGAAAGUCUCAGGCUUCAGCAAUAGAAUCUCACAUAUUCCAAAAUUAUUAGAACUGGAUCAUUUAACAAUCACAGGUAAUGUAUUUUUAGGUAAGAAUGUCACUUUGAAGGGUACUGUCAUUAUCGUUUGUUCUGAUGGUCAAAAGAUUGAUAUUCCAAAUGGUUCCGUCCUAGAAAACGUUGUCAUUACCGGUAAUUUACAAAUCUUGGAACAUUGA